AGUAAAAGUAUCCCAUCCAAAACCUAGUCACUGGCUACGUCUCCGUCGCGCCGACGCUCUCCACCACACUUCGCCGUGCUCCCUCGCGGCACAUUGCCCUUGCUUUCAUCUCAUGAGGAGCCUUUUACGGGCGGAGACAAGCUGAACCGAGCACCGCUCGUUUGGCUUGCUCGGCUUGUUUAAACCCCCACUACUUUAGUGUUCAAGUGCCAAGCUCUCCAAUGAACUCCAUCUCUGCCAAACUCUUCAACUCCCAUCUCCACUUCCUCUGCACUGCAAAAUCGGCACCUUUAUCGACAUCUAGGGUUAGGGUUUCGCCUAAGGCUACAAAGGUUUCAAAUUUGCAGCUCAAGGAGAAGUGGUUGGAUUCCCUCUCCUUGAGCCCACUGGGAGGAGACGAGGGAGUGAUUUGUGCUUCGGAGCCUCAAUGGGUUCUUGGAGUGGAUCCCGAUGUCUCUGGCGCCGUCGCACUUUUGAAACCCGAUGGUUCUGUCUCUUUGGCUCAGGGAUGGUGGAGUGGAGGAUAUACAUAUGGAUUGUGGAUUGGUGUUUUAGUUGCAUCAGGAUUUUCAGUUGUGCCAGUGACAUCACAUGAAUGGAAAAAUCAUUAUGAACUUUCUCGAAGCUCUUCGAGUAAGCCCACGUCGCCACCAUCAUCAUCCGCUCAAAGACGUGCCCGCUCAAAGACGCCCCCGUCGCCACCAUCAUCACCCGCUCAAAGACGCCCACGUCGCCACCAUCAUCACCCGCUCAAAGACGCGCCCGCUCAAAGACGCCCCCGUCGCCACCACCAUCAUCACCCGCUCAAAGACGCCCCCGCUCAAAGACGCCAGGCUCGCAACCUCAAUGCCCGCAUCCUCUCCGACCUCCGCAACAACCGUCCCCUUCGGCCCUUAGUUCUUAGCCAUUUUUUGUUGCUUCUUGAGGGGCGUACGCCUCUUGAGCCUCGAGGCGACGAGCCUCGAGGCGAAGCGCCUCACCCGGUUGAGGCGUAAGCUUCGCCACCGGCCAUGGAAGCGUAUGCCUCGAGGCAGGCCGUCACCGCCUCGCCUUGAGGCGCGCCUCGAGGCGUACGCCUCAAUCGCCUUUUUAAACAAUGUUUAUCACCUUUAUGUACAAUGAUGUAUUGUUGAAUCAUGGUUUUGAGGUAGUUGAGGGCACAUAGCUAUGUCUAUAUCAGAUCAUGCUAGCUAUCUUCUGUGACUCGUAGUUCUUGAAAUGAACUGUGAUUGAUCCGUUCUGUUUAUGGAGAAAUCAUUUUUGAAUUAUGGCAUCUGCCCAUCAUUAGAAGAUGUUGCCAAUUGCUUCCAUUAUAGUGUUGAAGUUUACCAUAUUCCAUUGCUUUGGUGUUGAAGUCAUUUAAGUAUGCUAGCCUUUCUGGCUUUUGCUGGAUUAUUUGCCAUGAAAAUGCCAUUCACCAAUGUAUGUAUAAAAAAUGAAUGCUGAUAAGAGCUGCUCUUUUUAUUUGGAGGCAUAGUUCAAGAAGUUCAUGUUUUCUUUUUAUUUGGAGGCAUAGCUGAAGAAGUUCAUUUUGUCUUUUUAUUUGGAGGCGUUGUUUCUUGUAUUUAGUUGAUUAUGAUCAUAAUCUUUUUUCUGUUAACUCUAACUUAUUAAUCCGUUCCUUACUUCUGCUUUACUUCAAGAGUUAACUUACUAACUCUAGAUGAUAACUAGAGAUUUCUUUUAAUUGUAAAGAUGUUUUGGCAAGAUGAUAGCAGGGAAGUUGCUUCUGCUCUGUUGAAUCUGUUCCCAUCUUUGAGCCAUCAAUUAAAGAGGAAGAAAGAUCAUGGUCGAGCUGAAGCUCUUCUUAUUGCGGCAUAUGGAAGAGGCCUUAUAGAAUGAUUGGACCAAGUUGAUUCUAAUGUUUCUCAUAUUCCCAUAAGCUUGGUUCAUUUGGGUGUUUCCAUGUAUGUGAGGAUUCCUUUCCAAUGGCAAAUGAAAGCAAAGGAAAUGAAGUGCUUUAGUGUCCCAUGGAGGCAGGCAAAGCAGGUUGUCUCAAGGUCAGCCUGUCUUGUGGAAGUCCGUGUGCUGAUUAUUUUGAAUGCUAAGGAGUACUGAAUCUUUGUUUAAAGCAGAGGAUCAGAUCUCAAGCUUCCAAUUCAGGCCCUGGGAAAACGCAAUGGCCAUGGCAGAUCUAUGUGUUCCUGUGAUGUCUUGGCCCUAUUUACUGUGAUGCAAAGAACAUAUUGGGCAAGGUCAACACAUGUUCUAGUGGUCAACUGGAGGUUAGAGCUCUGGGUUUGCUGUUUCUGCACGGUGUGCAGCUUUUCUCUUUUUAAGCUACUCUUCUUUCUACGGAAGCUUGAGAACAAGCUUAAGAUGCACAAGUUUGAUCUCAAGGUUCAUAAUCUCCCUCAAGUUCAGAAAACCACACCACAGACUCACUCGUCUGGAAUCAAACCACGUGUGAUUGGCAAAGGUGAAGAUAAUUUGAAAAUAGUGGAAUGCUCCUUAGUCAUCAUUUUGCUUAGAAAAUGGCGGUGUUUUUAUAUUGUUGAUAUUGCGGCUUAGCAACACUACCCUCUCCCCUUCUAUUCUUCAAGCUAUUCCUUUUCCUUAUUGUGUAACAUCUGAGCAUCCUCUUUCCUGAGGUCUACUUAGUUUGGAGGCUGAGCUUGGGUUUGUUUGUAUCCUAACAAUCAUACUGAUGCUGAACCACAUUAUAUAGAGUGCAAAUUCAAUUAUAAGGAAUUGGUUA